AUGUUCUACUCCAAGCUCCUUAUCACUGCUCUAGCUGCGAGCACAGCAAUUGCCCACCCCGGCCCGCACGUUAUCCUACCUCGCGCAGAAAUCCAGCGCCGCAGCGACAUGGCCAAGCGAUGUGCUGAGCAUGUUGCGAGCUUCAACCGACGUCGAAUGGCCAAAAGAGCGAUGCAAAAACGCCGGGAGGGAUCUGGCCACAAUUCAACAUUCGAGAUCACCACCGAGGCGCCCUACUACGAGACCAUCCAGAACGACACCUGCGUUCUCACCCCGGAGGUGACCCGUGGUCCGUAUGUCUGGCCGCGCUCCCAGAAAUUGCGUCAGGACAUGACAGAGGACCAAGUGGGUGUACCCCUCUGGCUCGACGUCGGGGUCCUAGACAUGGCUACCUGCGAGCCUUUACCCAAUGCCCUCCUCGAUUUCUGGCACUGCAACGCAACCGGUUCUUACUCCUCGUUUACUCAUCUGUCCCCAAACACCCCAUUCGAGGAACUCUUAUCAGAGCUGAACAUAACCAACUAUGAUUCGGGUGCCACCGACCUGCACACAGAUAAUACCACCUGGCUGCGGGGAAUGUGGCCUACCAAUGAGAACGGAGUCAUGGAGAUGAAGACCAUCUUUCCCGGGUUCUAUGCUGAACGUGCCAUCCAUAUCCACGUACAGGUGCAUACCGAUUGGUCCGUCCGGGAAAACGGUACCAUUGUCGCCAGUGAUACUGUCAGUACCGGCCAGAUUUACUUUGAUGAGGAGAUUGAGCAGAGGAUCACGGGCUUCGAGCCUUAUGUUUCUCAUACGGAGAUUAACCGUACCACAAAUGCAGAAGACUGGUAUUUCUCUCAGGAUUCAGAGGGCGGGUAUAGCCCGAUUGUGUCUGUUGUGCCUGUGGAUGGUGAGGAUCUGACUAGGGGAUGAUUGGGUAUAUCACGAUUGGUGUGGAUACGACGGCGAUUGAGACGUUCAGUAAAUAGGGCGAGUGAGGGAUUUGUAUUGUGGGAAUUAAGCUAAGAUGUUGAUCGUACGUG